CAAUUUAUACGGAGCUUCGCGGGAAUUGUAGUUGACGCAUGCGCUCUGAGUUGAAGUACGCGCGGGAGGAAGCAGUCAGACAUGUUCAUAUGUCCUGCUCAUUAUUAACAUUUGAAGUUCAACUAUUACCACCGACUUUGUUCGAAUAAAAUGUGGAACCAAGGUGGAUAUAAUGACUCCACUGUGGCGGGGGGAUACACUCAGUCCCAUGGAGGCUUUGCAUCCCCUUCCCUUUCUCAGGGAGGAGAGAAGAAAGGGAGAACCAGAACCUCACAGAUCAUCCCCUGCACUGUGUCCCAGCUGAUGAGCGCUUCCCAGUCGGAUGAGGCCUUUAGAGUUGGAGAUGUGGAAGUGGCACAAGUCACCAUCGUGGGAAUCGUCAGGAGUACAGACAAGUCCAUGACCAACAUCCAGUACAAGGUGGACGACAUGACGUCAGCCCCCAUGGAUGUGAAACAGUGGUUGGACGCAGAGGACCUCAAUGUAGACGGAAAUAUGUUGCCUCCAGGGACAUAUGUCAAAAUUUCUGGCAACCUGCGUUCCUUUCAGAAUAACCGCUCUGUGGUGGCAUUCAGUGUCAGGGCCCUGGAGGACAUGAAUGAAAUCACGUCACACAUGCUGGAGGUUGUCCAGGCGCACAUGGCGCUCGGCAAGACUUCGGGUCAGCCGGGACAGAGCUCCUCGGCAUUGAUGCGGUCUACAGGAGGCAUGGGUGGUGACGUGGGUUAUGCGGGCGCAUCUGACAUGACUAACAACGGGCUCAGUGCAAACCAGAACCAGGUGCUGAGUUUGAUACGAGGAUGUCCAGAUCCACGCGGCAUCAGCAUUCACGACAUAAAGCUGAGACUGGACAGCCUCAGCAUGACUGUUAUCAAGCAAGUGGUGGAGUUCCUCAGCAACGAAGGUCACAUCUUUUCCACCAUCGAUGAAGACCAUUUCAAGUCGACAGACUGCGACGAGUAGAUGCUCUGCCUCCGUUAAGAAAAAUUUUUUUUUUUGUUCAAAAGUUGAUAUUUUGUCAUUUUUUAAAAAAACAAUACACAAUUUGUGUCCUGUACCUGAGAAUAAACAAAAUACUAUUGA